UUACACCAUCGGAAAGUGAACGGAACUCAGGUACGCCAAAAUGCACUACGCAACCUUGUUUCUGUUUGCCACCCUCGCUAUGGGUGUGCAUGGUAGAACCUCUGCCAGGACAUUUGGUUCGCCACAGCACCCAGAGCACAACAUCCAUGCUCACCCUCACAAUCACUUUCCGGGAGCUCAACACGAUGCCACACACCACGGGGUUCAAGCUGGUCGCGACUCUUCGGUCUCCAUUCUUGUCUGCCAAGUCGUCAAGGUUCCUGUUGGCCACUCAGGCGCUCAACCAUCCCACGCCACCACCGGCGUCGGCUCUUCAUCGGUCGAGGCGGCGUCUUCGGUCGUUUCGUCGUCGCAGGAGGCGCUGUCUAGCCUGAAUUCCCGCGUCAGGACAGCCGUGAAGCACAUCGUUGAUCCCGUUGUAGCCGCCUUGCAGAACACGUCGCUUUGGCUAAACCGUACGUCGCAGCUUCACCUGAACCAGUCCCACCAGCACUCUGCUCUUCACCACGAGCACCAGCAUGCUGGCAUGGUCAACCACGCUCACGCCGCUCACAACAACCACGAACAUCAACACCAGCACGGUGCGCAGGUAAACCAUCACGGCGCUCAAGGACAAGUCCAGAACCACCAUCACCACCAACUCCCGCAAGUAGUUCCAAACCAAGCUGUGCCGAUGACCGUUGUCUCCGUUCCAGUCCUGGUUCCCGCAGUACACGUCGGCUCUGUUCCCCUCGUGAACCUUUCCGCAAGUGUUCCAGCCAGUAUCGAUGUUCCAUCGCUUCAGUUUUCGUACCCAAGCCAGGAAAACGCUACGUUGUCGGCCCCUGUCAAGGCUACAGCGCAACCUACAUCAACGCCCGCUGAUGCUAACCUUCUUGGCCGCACUGGUGAUUUGCCAACAGCGCCCGUCACCGACAUCACCCUUACUCAGGCGUCGGAUGUGUCCACCCCUACUACGCUUUCUGACAUCUUUACUAUUUGGUUGCGAUCUGGAACCGUGGACGACUCGACUGAAGCUACCAGCACAUCGGAACCUACUACGUCGUUCCAUGGGCCAAUUUCUACGUCUUCGACUUCUGCGGACGCAUCUACGACUGGCCACAAGCCUCGGACCACGGUAGCCCUGUAACUAUCGCUCAGCCACUGAUGAAAUAUUUACUGUGCUAUUAGCUUCUCAGUCGCUUCAAGGAACAUCUGUAUUUAUAUAUGUAUUCGCCACUUCGGCAGCAGC